AUGGAAGAAAAGUUAAAUGAAAUGGAACAAGCUGGUAUCAUCACAAGGACAUCAACGCCUUACAGUAGUCCAUUGACAUUCACAGUUAAAAAAGACGGCUCAAUUAGAGUUCUGCUUGAUGCCAGAAGCAUAAAUAAGAAAAUGGUUGCAGAAACAGAGAAACCACCUAUACAAUUAGAUGUUUUGAAUUCAUUUCACGGAACGAAUUAUAUCACUACCAUUGACUUAAAUAAUGCAUAUUUUCAAAUUCCGAUAAAUAAAGAUGGUAGAAAAUAUACUGGAUUCACAUUCAAUGGAAAGUCAUAUGUAUAUAAUGUUUUGCCGCAAGGAUUAAAAACAUCAGUAGGAAGCUUUAGCAGAGCCGUGAAUUUAAUAUUAGGACCAGAAGUCCAAGAAUUUUGUGUGAACUAUUUAGAUGAUCUAGCCAUUAUUACAACAGGAACGUUAGAUAAACAUUUGGAGCACAUUGAUAUUGUUUUAAGUAAAUUGAACAAAGCUGGCUUAACGUGUAACUUGCAGAAAUGUGAAUUUAUUUGUAAAGAAAUUAAAAUGCUGGGUUUUAUAAUUUCAACAGAAGGCAUAAAGACAGAUCCCGAUAAGAUUCGAGCGAUCCAAGAGUUUCCAGCACCUAAAAAGAUUAAACAAUUAAGGGCCUUUUUAGGUCUAUGCAAUUUUUAUAGAAGGUUUAUACCAAAUUACAGCGAGAGCAUAAUACCGCUCGAUGAGUUACUUAAAAAGGGACGAAAGUUCCAAUGGAGCGGUAAAGAACAGAAGGCAUUUGAUUUUAUAAAACAACAAUUUAUUAAUACAAUACAAUUGUAUCAUCGAGACUUUAAUAAGCCGUAUUAUUUACAAACAGAUUGUUCCGGUGUGGGUAUGGCCGGAGUACUAUAUCAGAUAGAUGAUAAUAAUGAAAUGAGAAUUUUAGGCUAUAAUAGUAAAGCCUUAAAAGGCAUAUGA